AUGAUCAUCAAGCAGCUACAACUGGCCUCUUCAUCGGUCUGCGGCGACUAUCGCGAGUUGACCGAAUUCCACGUCAACUUGAACUCCUGGACUCCCCGGCGCCUUUGGACAGCUAGCCGAGACGCACGUGGCCAACGACGCAGCCGAAAAGCGGCAGGAGUCCCCGGGGUACCUCCCGUGCUCGUGAGGCAGCUGACACUGAGUGACUGCUUCAACCCAAAGGUGACCGGCAUGCGCUGGCCCGAACGAUUGAGGGAGAUUGCCUUCGGCACGCAAUUCGACAACAGCCUUAGCGGCGUCGAGUGGCCACGGACGCUGGCGCACUUCCGUUUCGGGUGCUCAUUCGACCAGCCGCUAGUCAGAGUGGGGUUUCCCGAAGGUGUGAAGAGCCUGGCCUUCGGGUGCGGUCGCUCGGGCUCGGAUGUUGGCGGUGUCAAGUGGCCCGCAGAUCUCGAGUACCUCAAGUUCGGCUGCGGGUUCAACAAGACCUUGUAG